AUGGAAGGCACUCACUGCACCCUCCAAUUGCGUAAGCCCAUUACUGAAGUCUGCUACAUCAGCUUCUAUCUUCCAAGGGGGGAGGUCAGAGGAUUUUCAUACAAGGGCACUGUAACUCUAGACAGAUCCAAUAAAGGGUUUCAUAACUGCUACCAAGUCAGGGAGGGGUCAGACGUCAUCAACCUCAGCCUGCAGCCAAAUGAACAUCCAGGCGACAUAUUUUUCAAGCAAACUCCCACAAAAGACAUUUUAACUGAGCUGUACAAACUCACAGCAGAGAGGGAGAAACUUCUGGCCAAUCUGCUGAGCUCAGACCACAUCCUGGGGAUUACGAUGGGGAACCAGGAGGGGAAGCUGCCGGAGCUGUCCGUGAGCCUGGCCCUUGAGGACGACUGUUUCCAGAGUGCUGGUGACUGGCCAGGGGAGCCCCCCGUGGGCUGUCUCAAUAAGAGGAGUGCCCAUGGGAACAGAAAGCCUCGGAGGUUUGGUGGAAGGAGAGGGAGCUUUGAGGUGCUUCCACAGAAGAGGACAAGAAGAAAAGGGCAUGGGGGCCAGCAGUCGGCUCCUCAGAUGGGGAAGGACCAGAUCUGUUCCAGCAAAUCUCUUCCUCUUUCUCGAACAAGGCCUAAUCUUUGGCUUCUAGAGGAGAGAGGCAGCUCGUUCCCAAGUGGGGCAUUUAUUUCUUCCCUACAGUGGAGAGAGAGCUGCCCCCCAGAGCUCCCCAGGACACUGGAUACAAGCCGCAGCUUUGGGAGCUUCAGGGGGGCUUCUGAGGACCCCGGGCUUGGAAGAGGAGAGCCGCCCCCUCACUGCAGCGCCACAGAGCCAGGAGAUGAUGAUGCUGGCGUGCUGGAGAGGGGCCCUCACAGGCUGGUGCGCCCACAGACAGGUUUAUCUGGAAGUCAUGAGGACUCUGAGAAGCAUCCAGAGGCAGAGAGGGGCCAAAGGGAGAAGUCUACUGAGCGUACAUGCAGGAAGAAGCCUAUUUCCAGAGUGGUGGCCAAAGUCCAGGAUCUGUCUACUCAGGUGCAAAGAGUAGUUAGAACGCAUCCCAAAGGUGAGGAAAGCAUGGCCAUUUGCCCGGCAGCCCGAGCUGAGUUUAUACCCAGAGCAGACUGGCUCACCCUCCCAGGAGCCGAGGCUGGGACUCAUGAGUCCAGGUGGCAGGGCCAGGAACAGCAAGGCGACAGGUCGUGGCAGCUGUCGGACAGGGAACGCAUGCCAGCCAGUGCCGAGGGGGCUGUGAACAAGGUCCUGCUGAAGGUGAUAGAGAGUGAGAAGUUAGAUGAAGCCACUGAGGGGAAAAGGCUGGGCUUCCCCCCAAGCACACCAGUCCCCCGUGCCCUCCCAGAAGCCAGAGGCAAGAGGAAGACCGGGCUGCCUCUGAGGGAUCACAAAACCUCGUUUCUGGAUCUGCCCCACAGCGGAGGCCCGGACCGGUCACAGCCCGGAGGCCAUGAGAAGAAGCCGUCCCCCCCAGCACCAGCAGCCCUCAGCAUGCUACUGAAUAAUUCAGCCUCCCAGUCCAGCACACACAAACGGAUGGCACCUGUUCCCUCGCCUCUCUCUCCAAGGCUCCCAGGCCCCGAGCAGCAUCACAGGGCCCUGCAGCUCCCUUCACUGCCUGGUGAGUGGGAAGUGGCUCCUGAUGACUCUCUUGGCCGAAAGAGCAGUACUUUCUCUGGGUCCCCUUCUGCUGACACCUUGGAGCCAUCACCCUCUGCAAAGGUCACGGAGACCAAAGGAGCCAGCUCGACCUCCCUCGGAGCAGGCCAACCCCGGUCGGUGCCUGGGGAACCUUUGGAAAAGAGCCUGGGGCCCGGAAAGACUGCAGCUUGGCCCCAGUACCAGUCACCUCCAGGUAAGUCCCUGUAUAAGAUACUUUACAUCUGUGCUUGGGCAGCUCACAAACCGUAAUCUGCUUGUGCUGUUCAGAGACUGGCUCCUGAACAAAGAACCCCAAAUUCCUGGGCCUGUUAGUCAAUUCACUCUGUAGCAAGGCAACUGGGAGUGGUGUAGGGGAGUGUGGCAAUGGCGAGGCUGGUGCUGACUUAUAGGGUCAGGGGUGUAGUUGCUUCCAGAAGCCAUGCUUGGUAAAUGUCUUUUAAAAAUGCUUUACUUUGGCAUACUCUAAAGCUGCCUCUGUGGUUGCUUAACUCAGGAUUUUCAAAGGAAACAGGAAUGAGCAGAAAGAAGUAGCAACUUGUCUCUGCCUUUGAUGCUAACACUGGGUAAUUGGCCCCUUGACCUAAAUUCUGCUGUUCAUGCUGCUGGAGUAGCUCGGGUUCGUUGGGGUUCUCUAAGCAGAAGAGCAAAAGCCCCAUGUGUCUUUGCUCAUCUGUCUGUUGUAAGAGGUUUUUCAUUUUUGUUUUUUAACAAUCACUUUUAUAAGCAUCAUUACUUUAUGGCAAGAACUUUAUUUUUUUACUAGAAGAGGGAUGAACUCAGUCUCACUUGAAGAAACUCGAUUCAGAUUUUCUUUCUUUUUUUGGACUCUAUUUUCCAAAUGAGCAUGAAGGAAUGUUUAUUCUGUUUUAUUUAUGGUCUGUUUUACUGUCAUGUUUUACUUAUGGGUGCUCAAGAGCCAAUUUGGCUUAUAUGUUUAAUGUGAUAUAAAAUUUUAUGUGGAAGUAAUUUGGGGGUUCUAAAAGUGGAUUCAAUGAGACCAAAAAAGGUAAUGUAUAAAAGGUGCCACUCCGAUAUUCCUUACAUUUUCCAGGCCAAUGUGGCCAGGGCCUCAGGGUUUCAUAUGCCACUAUGCAGGGGACCGAUUCUUUUCUGGGGUAACUCCCACAGCAUGUGGUCAACGCCUUGUCUAGGGAAUGGGUCGUAAUAUGAUAUACGGUCUCUUAAAGAUUAGACAAAACAUUGUGCUCAAUUUCUGAGAUAAAAAUCUCUACCUAGGAAAGCGGAAUUUCAACAGCUUUCUGUUCAUUUUGACUCUUGACAUUUUUUAAAUUUCUCUAAAUCAUUGAUCCAGGCGUGGUUCUUUAAAAAUGUGGUAAAUACUUUUGAUCUUAUUUUUGCAAUAUAUUGAUCUUAGUUUGAGAAGACUUGCUACUUUCAUGAUAUAACCAAUCCCCUUCACCAGGAAAGUCAGAGAAUUACAGCUUUUGUUUCAUGUAUCAUAGAACCCUAGUGAUGAAAAUUCUUUCUCCUCAUGGAUGCUGGAGCCAUUGGAAUUCUUGGAAAGGGAGGUCUGUGCAGUUAUUAGAUGAGAGACUUCUGGAGGCUCAGUUGUGGAAUAGUUGCUUCAACUCUAAAGGUUCUUUUUUAGAAACCACACUAACUUCUGGGAUUGUGCGUGUCCCUCAUCCAGAAACUGGGCAUUAAAUACAUUGAGCUUCAGUAAAUCUUGUUUUUUUCCUGAUUUAAAAUUAUCUUUUUAUUUUGUUGCCCUUUUUCUUUUUUUUUAAUAUUUUA